AUCCAAUCCAAUCCAACUGUAUUUUUCAGAUUGGGUGUCUGCUGCCCGCGGUAAUAUGAGUUUGGACAGGUCGGAUUUACUACUAAUUCAAGUUAAUUGAUUGCCAUCGUUGUUCGCUCCGGUCUCCCGGUGGACCACCAAAGAGCCGCUUGGAGUGCGCGGGUCGACUCAAACAGAUAGAAACGGCGAGGAGUUCAGGGAUGCGAUGAAAGCAGCGGCGGCAUGGGUGAUGCCCGAAAACGGCCUCUUUCUGGAGCCUCCCGGUGCUGUGAGGGCGGCGAAGAAGAAACGGGGGCCCCCCGAGGAGGACCGUCCGCGAGCGCCCGACGCCGGCUCCUGGGCACGCAGCUUCGCGCCCAGGGACAGAGACGAGCUUGCUGUGAACCGAAAGAAAGUUCAGGAAGUGGAAACUUGGCUCCAGUCAAACCUCAGGGAAGGAGCUAAGGGCGCCCCCCUGCUGCUGCUUUGCGGCCCUGCCGGGGCGGGCAAGACCACAACGGUGCUCUGCCUGGCGGGGCAGCUGGGCCUCACCCUGCACGAGUGGGCCAGUCCAGCCAAGACAGAGUGGGCCCCGAGGAUGCAGGGGCCCGUGGAGGCCUUCGAGGCCUUCCUGUUCCAGUGCAGCCGCUACCGGCCUCUCGUCCCAAACCGCUCCGGCCGCUCCGGCUGCCCUCUCAUCCUAGUCGAGGACCUGCCCAACGCCUUCCUGAGGGACGCAGACGCCUUCCACCAGGUGCUCAGGAGGUACUGGAGGACCUGCCGUACGCCCCUGGUGUUCGUGGUCAGCGAGUCUUCGGACAACCUCGAGUACCGCCUCUUUCCCAGGGAGCUCGUCGCGGAGCUGGGCGUCUCCAAGAUUGCCUUCAACCCGGUGGCUCCGACAUCCAUGUCCAAGGUGCUGGCCGCAGUUGUGGACAAAGCGACGGCCAGGUACAAGGUCAGCCACCUGCCCACCCCCGACGACCUGGAGCAGAUUGCGGCGUCCAGUGCCGGGGACGUACGCAACGCCAUCAACGCCCUGCAGUUCUUCUGCUCGGCGGAACAAGGACCAGCGGGUCCCAUGCAGCCAGCCGCAGCCAAGAAACCCCGCAGGAGGCGCAAACCCCGGGAUGGGCCCCAAGGGGAGGCCGGUGGGGCGGCCCCUGCGGGAAGCAGAGACUGCUCUCUGCAGCUCUUCCACUCGCUCGGCAAGAUGCUCUACUGCAAACGCGAUCCGAGCAGGAUGGCAGACUCUGACCGCCUGCCCAAGCACAUGGCCCACCUGGAGAAGCCUCCGGCCACGGAAGUUCCGGAGGAGGUGUUUGGGCGCACGCAGGUGUCGGCGGACAUGUUCAGCCUGUUCCUGCACCACAAUGCUGCACGCUUCUACGCGGACGUGCACACGGCUGCCCUCUGCACGGACUGGUUCAGCCAGGCAGACUUCUUUCUCUCUGAGUGGAGCGCGGAGGGCAGGAUGGUCCCGUUUGCGGUGUCCCUGUGCACGCGGGGCCUCAUGUGGGACCUGAGGAGGCCCCCCUCUGGCCGGGGCUGGCUGCCCCUCGAGAAGCCCCAGUGGGGGCUCACCGCCGCGCAGGUGAGGAAGAAACUCUUUGAAGUGAAGAAUGCCUUCAGAGGCUGCCAUAGCACGGGCUCGGAGUUGCAGCUGGAUCUGAUUCCUUUCCUCGCUCUGCUUCGUGCGGGAGACCUGAGCCCAAGUAUGAGGGCCAUGGUAGACGAAAUUGGGAUUCUGGACGUUGGGGCCACAAAUCGGAAAAAGAACGAAAUGCUCGCAGAACGGGACUGGAUAGACGAGCGAGCCGAAAACUCUGUAGAUUUCAGCGGAAGCAGCAUGGAAGAGCUCCCCGAAUUCCCAGACGACAAAGACGAUGAAAUGGUCAUCGAAGAGUUUGACGAUUGAAUUUUUGUUGUCGUAAAAUACAAGCGUGGACGAACCGCCAAUGAACUGGACUAGUCGUUUCCACUGAUAAACUGGGUAAUGCAAAAAUAAAUGCUUACCAUGAAAUCCCGUGAGGGUGCCCUCCCCCAAAAAAUCGCUCAUCUUGUUUUCCUGGCUAAAUAUCAGUAACAUAAAAAUUCUGAAACAUCGCCCACCCCCGGUUCCUGUGACAUACCACGCG